CAGCCCAGGAGCGCUCAUGGUGCAGCCGCCGAGCGAGGACGGGGGCGCUGCUGACCCCGCCAGGGCCGGGCAAGGGGCAUGGAGCGAGCCGGGCCAGGCGCUUUACGACGCCGAAGAAGAUGCCGGGCUGCCCUGCCAGUGCCUGGCACACGAUAUGGAAGUGGCGGACGCCGCCCAGCCCCAACCGAGUGCCCGCUUCUGUUGCUGUUGCGCCCGCGGAAGGGUUCCUUGGAUAUGCGGAACGCCCGGAAUAAACUCCAAAACUCCCUGUCCAGGACUCGGCCUGUUCUACACAGUGCUGUCUGCCUUCCUCUUCUCAGUGGCUUCUUUAUUUCUAAAGAUGAUUGAAGAUGUGCAUUCGGUAGAAGUCAGUGCCAUUAGAUGUGUUUUCCAAAUGACAUUUGUUCUUCCAGGUAUAAUAUAUUACAAGACAGGAUUCCUGGGACCAAAAGGCAAACAAGUUGUUCUCUUCUUCCGAGGAUUGUUUGGCUCUGGUGCAAUGACUCUUCUCUAUUAUGCUUUCCAAGUAAUGCCUCUAGCAGAUGCCACGGUCAUUACUUUCAGCAGUCCAGUGUUCACAUCGCUAUUGGCCUGGAUAUUUCUGAAGGAGAAAUACAGUCCUUGGGAUCUUCUUUUCACCCUGUUUGCAAUCACCGGAGUGUUGUUAAUUGCCCGGCCGCCUUUCUUGUUUGGAUCCCAAGUCGCAGGAAUUGAAGGGAACUACACAGAUCAUCUCAAAGGCACAAUAGCAGCUUUGUCUAGUGCAAUAUGCACUUCUUCUACUUUUGUUAUACUAAGAAAGAUGGGCAUAUCUGUACACUAUGUUUUGUCCAUCUGGUAUUAUGCAGUAAUUGGAUUAAUCAUCUGCAUAAUAACACUUUUUGUAAUAGAUUCGUGGAGUUUGCCUCACUGUGGCAAAGAUAGAUUUCUCCUAGUAUUAAUUGGACUGUUGGGGUUGGGUGGUCAGAUAUUCCUUACAAAAGCAUUGCAAAUAGAGAAAGCCGGUCCAGUUGCUAUAAUGAAAACAAUGGAUGUUGUGUUUGCUUUUAUCCUUCAAAUUCUUUUCCUCAAUCACUUACCAACUUGGUGGACAGUAGGGGGAGCCCUUUGUGUUGUAGCUAGUAGCUCUGGAACUGUUUUUCGGAAGUGGUGGAAAAGUUCAAAAGAAGCUAAACAAAACAAAAUCUAGCCAGGUGGCUAUUAUUCCAUUGUUCAAAAACAGCAGAGAAUGAUGACUACAUUAUUUAUUUUAAAUCAUUUGCUUAUUUACCUAUUUUUUUCCCAAAAGACCGGUGCUAUCUUCCCAUUGUAAUUUGGAUACCUUAUACUUUCUCAUUCUGUACAUGGAACUGGAUACAAAGAAUCAUGUAAAGCUGAUAAACACAGAGAGAGUCUUAUUUUUUAUUUAUUUUAUUUAUUUAUUAUUUAGAUUUUUAU